AACAGGAAGUACAGUUUGACUCUUCUCGAAAGAUGGAGCAUCUCAAGACAUUUUCUUCACUUUUCAGUGGAAAAUAAACGUUUAGAAACUUGUUUUCCCGGCUGCACAACUUUAAAUAUACUACGAACAUGUUCCGACAUGUAACAUUUAUAUUUAUAGUUGUUUACGUUAGCUAGAGACGUAAACAAAUGGACAAACAUCUAGCUAACAAGAGGAGCUAACAAACUAGCAUCACACAAAAUACAACAAAAAUCUGCAUUUUUGGACUUUAUUCUUUAUUUAACACUUCUAGGAAUAUCUGAUGCUUUUAAUUAGUGUUACAGUGUCUCCUUUUUGUCUCCCUUUACCCUGGAUUUACCUUGGAAAGGUGAACUUUGAACCCCAUCUGGACUUUCUCAGAGAGUAAAAUGUGGCUGUGUGUGUCUGUGUUCCUGCUGGUGACGACGUCUGGAGGCUGCUCCGAGAAGGCCAACACCUCAGACCUGAUCCACUUCACCGCCGUAGACUUCUAUGAGAAACUGCAUUCUGGGAAGAUGAUGUUUGUCUAUUUUGAGCACCAAGUCUCUCCGACCAUCUCUCUGUUCCUGGUGGAGCUGGAGAAAUCUGCUGAUGCUCUGCAGGAUUAUGGAGUCCUGGUGGGAAAGGUGAACUGUAACAAAGAUCUGGUUCAGACUUACUGCAGAGAGGAGAGGGAGCUGCACACGGCCUUUCUCUUCAGAGGAGGAAAGGAGUUCCUGGGUUUUGAUCUGGACACCGUGUUCGACGUGAACUCCAUCGUCUCUGAAGUCUUGUUCGCCAUCCUGCGUGAAGAGGUGAAGUACGUCCACACAGACACAGACCUGCUGGCCAUGCAGAAGGCCGCCAGAGGGAAGAAAGACAUCGUGCUGGGAUACGUCCGCAGUCUGGGGACUCAAGAGCACAGGUCGAUGAUGGAGACGGCGUAUGUUUACGGAUCCAAAUACCAGUUCAUCCUCAUCACUGGAGGCCCCGUGCUGAAGAACUUAGGAGUGAACGAGUUGUCUCACUCGUCUCAGGUUUGGUUCCUCCACUGUCGAGGUCACCGCAGCAACGAGACCCCCAUGAGCUGCCCGUUGACUCCUAUGAGAAAACCUCUGUCCACCCUCAGCCUGCACUCCUUCCUGCAGCUGAUGGAGGCUCCAUUGCUGUCUGAGGUCUACGAGGACCCCUCCUCGGUCCCGCCCCCCCAGUUCCCCUACCAGCAGACCCCCCAGGUCUUCCUCUUCUCCCGACCCGCCACCAAGCACUCGGACCUGGACUCGGCGGUGGCUCUGGCCUGGAGGCUGCGGGGCCUCGCCCUGCUGCUGCUGGUCCACAGACAGAGUCCAGCAGUUAAAACUCCAGAUGAAUAUAAUGCAGCUAUCCGACUGCCUGAGAAGAGUUCAGAGGUGAAGUAUUUGACGUUGGAUGACCUCGACGAGGUGCUGGAGCUCUUCACGAACCAAGAGAAGGAGGAGGAAGAGGAUGAAGAGGAGGAGGAGGAUGAAGAGGACAGUGAGGAUGAAAGAGAGGAGGACUCUUAUUUUGGAAAGCUGGAUGAUGAGGUAGCAGCGUCUGUGUAUGAGAACAGAGGAAACCUUCCUGACAUGGACUCCAUCACUCAGAUCACCUCCCAUAACUUCCACUCUGCAGUAGCUCAGAGCAGCCUGACGGUGGCGCUCUUCUACCUCAAAUGGGACGCUGUUUCCAUGGUUUUCCUCAGCUCCUUCAUUGAAGUGGCAGAGAAACUCGCAGACUCUGGCGUGCUGAUGGGCGCGGUGGACUGCGGCGAGUGGACUCUCCUCUGCUCCGCUCAGAGCGCCGCCGGCUCGCUCCCCGUCCCGUUCCGACCAAUCACGGCCUUCCCCAGCGUCCUGUUGCUCCGCCCCCAGGAGUCGGCCCAGCUCUACAGAGGCAUGCUGGGUAGUGAGGCGCUGCACCGCUUCAUCAUGCUGAGCCAGCCGGCGUCUCCUCAGCUGCUCGCCACGGAGGAGGAAGUGACAUCAUUCCUCCAGGAGGCUCCUCCCCCCGAACUAUCAGGAGAUAAACCAGACAGAGUUCUGGGACUGUUUCACACUCAGACACACUCAGGUGUGCAGGUGUUCAGUGAAGCAGCAGAGUCUCUGAGAGGAGAACUGCUGACGGGACUGCUGACAGACGCACUCGCUCAGAGAUGGGCUGCAGAGAACGCUGCGUCUCUUCCUGCUGUCUUUGUGUUUCCGUCCUGGAGGACAAACUCUCGUCCUCUCGUUCUGUCUGUGUCUCGAUCUGCUGCAGAGCUGCUCGCACACAUCAGCACCGCUCGGCUGCAUCCUCUGCCUGAGCUGACGGUGGAGAACCUGCCGUCCUUCCUCUCUCUGGGUAAAGCCCUCCUGCUGCUCUUCGUCGGCGAGGAGGAGGACGAGAUCGGGCGGAGGCAGAACCAGGCGCUGGUGGAGGAGAUGAGAGGAGUGGUGGAGCGGGGGGGCAGCAGGCUGGAGGCCUACCUGGCCUGCUGGAUCCACCUGGGCCGUACUCCAGCCGGUAUGUCGGUCCUGGGCUCCUCGCUGGGCUCCAUGCCCCCCCUCCCCACCCUGCUGCUCACUCAUCUACCCUCCACCAGUGAGAUCUACCAGUUCCCCCCCAACACGCCCAUCGUGGCCUCGGCGGUGCUGCGCUGGCUGCAGAGCGUGGAGGACGGGGCCGAGGCUGCAGCAGGGACGCUGGGAGAGGAGAGCUGGCCUCCUGCUGCUGACUUCCUGGACUUCCUGAAGAUCAUGGACAUGCAGGAUCCUGACUCCACCCAGCAGCAGACACCUGAGGAGGAAGAGGAGGAGGAGGAGGAAGAAGAAGAAGAAGAAGAAGAAGAUGUGGAUUCCUCCUCCAGCUCUCCUCCUCCUGACAGCAACGCUAACAAUCACUCAGAGCUCUGA